AAACAUAGGAGACAACUUGUCGGUAUCGAUUUGGGAUGUUCCGGGAGCCGCAUAAUGGUUGUUUGUCCUCUUAUGCGCCCAUACGAUGAUCCCCUAAACCUCUUGGUCAGAGCUAUUUAUCCUAUCCGAAGACUCAACGAUACUCCUUGGGCUUGGCAAGACUUUCCAGCUCACGGCUAUCCCUACGACGAUGAUGCCCCGGCGUAUGACCAGAAUACUAGAUGGCGCCAAUUUGAGCCCGUACCGCUCAAGUACGCGUUUUACCUGCUCGCUAAAGAGCUUGAUGAGGCCGCCCCACGACAUCCGAUGGCGCAAGAGCUUGCGAUAUAUGACUCCCCGGAGUUUCGAAGCAAGCUCUACUCCGGUCUAGUGGCUUUGAUCAGGAGCAUGCGCACACGCAAAGAUGCCUAUCUAACCGAGCGCUUGGGACGGUUAUUUCACUACAACCGAGCGAUGGACCAUCUAUGUGUCACUAUACCGGCACCUUGGAACUCUUCGUUCCAACAAGUUUACCUCAACGUGCUCGCCGAAGCGUUUGAAAUCCCUCGCGAGACGGUCCAUGAACGCGUUACGUUUGUCACCGAAUCGGACGCCUGGGCUCAUCAUUUUCUUGGCCCUCUACACGGAGGAGAUGGUUAUCGCAAUGAUGCGACGAGUGAAGAGGUUGUCCUCGUUCUAUGUUUUGGUGGUCACAUGAUGAACGGCUCGGUCUUUUGGCUUGGUCCCACCAACUGGCCCAGGAAUGGACCAGGAGAAAACGGCAGCAACCGAUUUUUCCGCCUCGGAGACUCAUUCGGAGCCCCUGGUGGUGAAGAGCUACUGGUGCAUUAUCUCGUCGAAUACGUGGAUGAUUAUGGUUUAAUAGUGUUCUCCACUCAAACUGGAAGAGCGUUAUUCCCAGCAAAGAAAGCUGACGUUCAUGAUCGUUGCAAGAGCUUCGCACGAGACCUGGGCCCUCACUUAAACAAUCCCAGUAGGGAGCGUGCCUUCACGCUCAUAGUCAAUACCACCAAAGGUGGCAGCGUACGCUUGGAGAUUUCCAACGCGGCAUGCAAUUACUUCUGGGAAUGCGCGAACCGUCAUCCGCUCAAAGUUGCAGCCGAACAGUUCGCGCUUCUCAGGAGAAUCAUGCGACACCGCAAGGUUGCCGGAAGUGUGAUGGUUUCAGGAGGAGGAUUGGAGUAUGAGCUUUACAAUUUUCCUCUAUUACUUCGCCUGCAACAACUCGUCAAAGACGCUGGUCUCCCACGGCCUCAUUUCGAGCGGGACAUCCACAAUCAUGAACAAUCGUCAGCCACUAGGGGUGCAAUUGCAACGGUGGAGUACGCUCUAACUGCCAGACAAUUCCUCACUCAGGGUGUCGGAAUCGGCGUGCAAAGAAAGCUGCCCAAUGCAACUGAGUGGGAGGAUCAGGCUCCGCUGGUUCUUUACUAUGACCUUGUAGCCAAAGACUACCAGCAAUAUACGUACACCAAUGCCGCACCUCAAGUCGAGGGUACGCAAUUCCGGUUAAUCUGCGACCCGCUGUAUCACGUUCUUCCGCUAGAAUCCAGAUACCACGCGCCGAAACCCAAAAGCAAGGCCGAAAGGAUCCCAAUUGGGUCUCUCCGAUCCUACGUGUUGUUUGACGAUCUUCCCGCGGUCCAGGAAGGUGAUAAGUACAACUGCGAGGUGUCAAUUGAGGGGAGUGGCAAGGAGACGUUUGUGGUCGUCCAAGUGAAGCAAACGGGACAGCCCAACCGGAUACGCACAACCAAUCUUCGUCUAUGCCUUGGUUUUAAUCCUGGCACCAGGCUUGCGAACGUCAUCCGAGCCGAGAAACAAUAA